CUGAAGGCCUGGCAGCGGGAGCAGAGUCUAUCUGGGCUCGGAGGGACAGCCUGACGGCAGGGCUUGGGAACAAGGAGUGACAAGAUGGAGGGUCCCACCUCGAUCCUGCCAGACGAUAUGGCCACCCUCACCCAAGAGCUGGGCACCGCUUUCUUCCAGAGGCAGCAGCUGCCGGCCUCCAUGGCCGACACCUUUCUGGAUCACCUGUGCCUUCUGGAUAUCGACUCGGAGCCCAUCGUGGCCCGCAGCACCGGCAUAGUCUGCACCAUCGGUCCGGCUUCCCGCUCGGUGGAAAUGUUGCGCGAGAUGAUCAAGGCUGGGAUGAACAUUGCCCGGCUGAACUUCUCUCACGGUUCGCAUGAGUACCAUGCAGGAUCCAUUGUGAACAUUCGGGAAGCCACCCAGAGCUUUGCCUCCAACCCUGUCUUCUAUCGACCCGUGGCCAUAGCGCUGGAUACCAAGGGCCCGGAAAUCCGCACCGGCCUGGUCAAAGGGGGCGAGGACAAAGAGGUGGAGCUGGUGAAAGGAUCACAGCUGAUCGUCACCACGGACCCGGCGUUCAAGGAGCGUUGCGACCAGCACGCCGUGUGGGUGGAUUACGCCAACUUGCCCAAAGUGGUCAAAGUCGGCGGCCGGAUCUUCAUUGAUGACGGCCUCAUCUCCUUAUUGAUCAAGGGCAUCCGCACUGAUGGCUGCAUGGUGGAGGUGGAGAAUGGAGGGACGCUUUGCAGCCGCAAGGGAGUGAACCUCCCGGGGGCUGAGGUGGACCUGCCGGCCGUGUCGAAGCGAGACAUCCAGGACCUGCAGUUCGGCCUGGAGCAGGGUGUCGACAUCGUCUUCGCCUCCUUCAUCCGCAAGGCCAGCGACGUGGCGGCGAUCCGGCAGGUGCUGGGGGAGCGCGGCCGCGCCAUCAAGAUCAUCAGCAAGAUCGAGAACCACGAAGGGGUCAAAAGGUUUGAUGAGAUCCUGGAAGCCAGUGACGGCAUCAUGGUGGCCCGUGGCGACCUGGGCAUCGAAAUCCCUGCCGAGAAGGUCUUCCUGGCCCAGAAAAUGAUGAUCGGCCGCUGUAACCGUGCCGGGAAGCCUGUUAUAUGUGCCACCCAGAUGCUAGAGAGCAUGGUCAAGAAGCCCCGCCCCACGAGGGCGGAGAGCAGCGACGUGGCCAACGCGGUCUUGGACGGAGCCGAUUGCAUCAUGCUGUCUGGGGAGACCGCCAAGGGCGCCUAUCCGGUGGAGGCUGUGCAGAUGCAACACGCGAUCGCCCGAGAGGCUGAAGCAGCCAUGUACCACCACCAGCUCUUCCAAGAGUUGCGCCGCCUGACCCCGAUGAGCCAGGACCCCACUGAGGUGACGGCCAUCGGUGCCGUGGAGGCCUCGUUCAAGUGCUGCGCGGCCGCCAUUAUUGUCCUCACGACCUCCGGCAGGUCUGCACAGCUGCUGUCUCGCUACCGGCCCCGGGCCCUCAUCAUCGCCGUGACCCGCAACGAACAGGUGGCCCGCCAGGCUCACCUCAGCCGCGGCAUCUUCCCGGUCUGGUGGCGUGGCGGCGAGCAAGGGGUGUGGGCUGACGACGUGGACCGCCGGGUACAAUUUGGCAUCGAGAUAGGCCGGGUGCGAGGCUUCCUGCGCUCCCAGGACGUGGUCAUCAUAGUGACCGGCUGGAGACCUGGAGCUGGCUACACCAACAUCAUGCGGGUGCAACAGGUUCCGUAAGGGCAGCCAGAGGUACCCAAACUAUAAAGAGAGAUGGUCACAUCCUGCUCGCAAUUGCUGUAUUCCACCGCCUCUGUGUUGUAACAUUUCACUCCGCACCAGCUUUGUCCUCUGCGGUUUUUUAAAAAAAUUGUUUAAUCUUUGGUUAAAGAUAUAUUUGAAAUAACAUCAUUGUCCUUCAA